GGUCUCUAUGCCAAAGGUUGUUGGGAGGGCCAUCACGUUCUAAGAGAAGUAUUGGGCAAUCGACUGGCACCUCGGUAUGAAAGUUCCUUAUUGUGGGCCUGUUGUUUUCUUGUGGGAUGAGAGUGGCAAUUACUACGCAUGUGGGGGUAUUAAGACUUACUCAUUUGAUAAGAACAUGCCUGACGAGGAGUACAUGAGAUUCCAUCUCACAACGUGUUUCGACAUCGUUGGUCACGAGGUGCCUGACAACUACAAGCUUGUGUCGCUCCACGUCGAGAAGUUCCAAGGUUACGGCAUCCCCGCUGCGUCCAUGCCACCGUUCGACAAGUCGAAGAAGAAGGAUGAGUCACAUAUGGUGAUGCUAAGGCCGUUCAAGUUUCUCAAACGCGUUAAUUGCUAUGAAGUUUCGAACCAUAUCGUGACGAUUGACAACAUGCUGCAGUUGUCAACUCCCUUCGUGUCGUUCGACUUUGAUCUUCAAGACUUCGCAGACAUAGUGCGAUGUCACAAGCUGCAGACAAUGGGCCAAGCCGUUAUGCGGACUACCAUCUUUGUUUGCUCGCCAAAGGUGGUAGGUAAGAGUUAAGAUGAAGAGGAAAGCUUAGAGGAUGGUUGGGCCGAAGGCGAUGGUAGUGAAGACAAAGAGGAUGGUGGUCAGGAAGGCGAUGGGAAUGAAGAAGAAGAGGAUGAGGAUGCAAGUGACAAGGACGUCGAAGAAAGGGGAGACAACUACGAAGGCGAGAGUGAAGGAGAUGAGGGUGGGGCGAACGAGAACGAUGAAGGGAAUAGUAGGUCAUGGAAAAUGCGGGAAGACUAUUCCCGGGCCACAAGCGAUCACGGCCUGACAGAAGAUGACGGUGUGUUGCAUGGCACACAGAGAUCUGUGUGCAUGCACAAGAAGGAAAUGAAAGCUGGGAGAACAGAGGAAGAGAAUCGGAGAGAAGCUAAGCUCAUCAUCCUGCAGGCCAUAAAGGAGACUUACAAUAAAUCCUUAGAGGCCCAAUCCGCUAAACCAGCAAAGGAAAAGCGUGAACACCCUCGAUCUUCCCAGAAACUGAAAAGGAAAGCAAAGGCCAAGGAGACAAAGGAAGUGGCGGACUCUGGGGACGAAGUGGCGGGGGUUGACUUGCAACAUACAUCACCUAAGCCAGGAGAGCUGACCAGUGACACUAUCGACACCACAAAAUGUUUUUUCCUAGAAUACAACGCAAACGAUAAUGCGAUAGAUCGGCCUACCCAGAUUUUCGUUAACGACGUCAACAUACUGCCUAACCUUUCGGCAGGCGUGCAAUACAACCACAGGCCGUUGAACGAGAUGUUGGUCACCUCCAUCAGGAACGCAAUGGAACACUCAGAAAAGCAGGAGUGAGACAGAAACACGUGGAUUCUUGUUUCGGUCGUACAGGUGGAGAAGGAAGGCCGGAACCAAUGGAAGCGUUUGAAGCCUGAGGAGUGGGAUAAUGACAAGUUUGCCUCCUACCAUUGGUACACCGUCGCCGGCCAACAUACAGCGGAGGCAGCAAAGAGGCUGGUCGCUGCUGGAUCGCCUGCUGCCUAGAAGUGAAGCGUGCAUUUUUGGAA